GAAAAGUAAGACAGCGUACUUCCUCUCUGCAAGAAGUUUCCUGGGUAUAACAGUCAUACUAGAAGAUUAACUGCCACCAACACGCGCGAGGGCACAUGCUUCUUGAGGUUGAGAAACAACAAUGAACAUGUCACACGAGCAGAACUUCACCAAAAUGGAUGACGCCACCUUGGCCAUGUUUGACAACACAUGGGCCAGUAAUCUUGUCUCAGCUAUUUAUGUCGUAGUGACUCUGGCCAACCUCAUUGGUAAUGGCCUCUCUUUGUUUCUUCUGCUGGUGCGCACCUCUCCGAAGACCCCGUCGAUCAUCUUCAUGAUCAACUUAACCCUCACCGACCUGAUACUUGGCACGGUGCUGCCCUUUCAGAUCAUUUACCAAAUACAAGGCUACAACUGGACUUUGGGUACGGGGAUGUGCAACGUACUGACUGUGGUGUUUUAUGCCAACAUGUACUGCUCUGUUUUGUCCAUGACUGCUAUCAGUGCUGACCGUUAUCUGGGCAUUGUAAAACCGAUGCGCUUCAGAGAGAUGAGAGCGAAUAAUAAAUAUGCGGUCAUUGUCUGUGUAUUUAUGUGGCUUCUGGUCCUUGCGAUUCUGAGCCCUCUGGAAACCUCAGAUCUGACAUAUUAUGUAAGAGAGCGUCAAAUCGUCACCUGCUUCGAUGUGUUGAGGAAAAGCAUGCUACCGACCAUUGCCCACUGGGCGGCCUUCCUAUUUGGGAUGUUUAUAGUUCUCUUCCUCUGUCCGUUCAUUAUAACCGUGUACUGCUACGUUAACAUUAUCUGUGUUCUGAUCAAAAAGGCCAACAGCCAUCAGAAAGGGCGUGCGGUGCGCCUGGCAUGCACUGUUUUGUUUGUGUUCAUAUUUUGUUUUGCUCCCAACAACAUACUACUAUUGGCACACACAGUUACAAGGCUGUACUAUAACAAAUCUCUUUAUAUCUACUAUAAACUCUCUCUCUCCCUCAGCUGCAUUAAUAGUUGCAUAGAUCCAUUCAUAUACUAUUUCGCAUCCAAAGAGUUUCGACGAAAGUUAAGGCAAAUGUUGCGGUUGCAGACUCUCAGCACGGGAGAGACUCAGAUGAUCGAGGGUCAUAGAGAGAGUUUUUUCUCCGCUCGCACGACAGGCAAUGCACAGGAAGACUGUGACAAAUGUUAACAUUUCUUUAGUUUGUUUUUCACAAGGCAAAAAUAAACUCAAACCACCUGUUGAAUUUGUAACAUGCAACAACCAACAGGCAGUGAUGUAAUUUUGAUGUGUCUUACCAUCAGGGUAAUUCUUAUUCGUGAGAAUUAUACUGUUACUUCACUUUUUUUAGUUUCAGUUGUUGUUUGUAGCAUUUUACGUUUGUUCUGUUUUAAUUUCCUGGCUGAGCAGCUGAGGAAAAGCAUGGCGCUCACGUGACCUUUCAAAACAGGGCGCGUGAUGUUUGUAUUGUAUAUUUUUGUUUUUUUUUGUGGUACAAGAAAACCAAGUUCCUCUUAACAAGACCUUUACAUAUUUUUAAACAGUAGAAAGUGAAGGAACUGUAGCAAUGUAAGUUUAAAAAAGUGAAAAGUACAUAUGGCAGCUAUUGUAAAUGAUUCACAGUGUGAAAUGCGCUGCUUGUGCUAAGCUGUUUUAUUAUUUACUUACCUCAUUUGAGUAAAGCUGUUUAUAACACAGCUGCAUUAUUACAUACUAUAUGUAUUUUUUCCUGUCGAGUGUACUCAAAUUGCACACUUAUGUUUUUCUGCCUAAUAUAAAGUCACAUGUGCAUUUAUCUUGUUUUAAAUUUGAUAAAUAAAUGUUAUAUCCCUUUGUGUAAGAGUGCACAAAUGUUACA